GAUGUCCGGCAGAAAGAAAAAAAAAACACAGCCGGGGCCAAAGACUCAGAGCUCGUGAGGGAAGCGUUUAAUGCUAAUACGUGAAUAAUAAAAUAAAAUAAAAUGCAGUCGUUUUUAAUUCGCACGUCUUCGCUUUUAUUUCUAUUCGCUUCCAUUUUCGGGGGCGUUUCUACUGAGGGAGAAGGAAAAGGGUUUGGAGACCACAUCCACUGGAGAAGCCUGGAAGAUGGGAAGAAGGAGGCAGCAGCCAGCGGCCUGCCGGUGAUGAUCAUCAUUCAUAAGACCUGGUGUGGAGCCUGCAAAGCACUGAAGCCCAAGUUCUCGGAUUCGAAGGAGAUCUCGGAGCUGGCUCACAAUUUCGUCAUGGUGAACUUGGAGGAUGAAGAAGAACCAAAAGAUGAUGCCUUCAGCCCAGAUGGAGGUUACAUUCCCAGAAUACUCUUUUUAGAUCCCAGCGGUAAAGUCCGUCCUGAGAUCACGAACAAGAACGGAAACCCGAACUACAAGUUUUUCUACAGCAACGCUGAUCAAGUCAUAACCAGUAUGAAGGAGGCUCAGGAGAAGUUGACCGGCGACGCCUUCUGGAAGUCACACCUGGGUGAUGAGCUGUAACGAGAAGGACUUCGUACCAGCUAUCUCACAGCUGGUACACUACACUCACUACUGCAGCGUUCACGUCCCAAAACCUUGACACCUCAUUUCAGAUUUCUACACCAAGAAAAAAAAAACCCUCAUCCAUGCUGCUUUAAAAUCAUUCGUUUGCUUUAGUUUUCCGUUAAAAAACAAAGGCAUAAAUUGAACCAAAGUGGACUAGUUGGUCAUGGGUGCUAAAGAAUAUUUUUUCUCAAUGUUAUGUACAUGUAGAAAAUUCAAUCGUGGCUUCAUGUGGAUUUUAAUCACUGAGCAAUAUACUUUCACAUCGCCCUCCUGAUUUAAAAUUACUGAGCACACCAUGGGAUAAAGUGGUAGAUCACGUGCUUCCAGGUCCGGGUGUAGUGGACGCUCCCAUGAACAAACGGCCUUAUAACCUCUCCCCACUAUUCCGGUUUAAAUCCCACACAUUUUAUAUCUAAAAUCAGUCCUAAGAUGUUUUUCUUAUCCCACAGGUUUCUGUAAGCCGAUCCGCAGUACGUGGAUUCGCCUCCGGGUUUUAUAAAAGUCUUUACGCUUUUUUAAAAUUCGUGAAACCGGAAGUGAAACUUAACGAGUGUUUAACGGGUUGCCACACUGUAUUUUUUACACGGAUGUAUGCACGUAUACAGACAAGUGUACGAUUAAAGUUGGUACUUGAUGAA